CAGCAACAGCAGCGGCGGAGGAGAUGGAGAUGGAUUGCUGAUAUCUGCCUUUCCCGUUUCCCGUUUCCUUUUUUUUCCGCCCGGCUGACGUCAUGCUCCGCGUCUCUCCAUAGUUUUAGCCGAACAAAAUGAGGAUUUCUUGCCAUCAGCUUUUACUGAUAUUUUCCUGCGUCCGCGGACUCGCCAUGGGGGCUUUUCCGAGCAGCGUUCAAAUCGGCGGGUUGUUCAUCAGAAACACAGAUCAGGAGUACACUGCCUUUCGCUUGGCUAUAUUUCUGCACAACACAAGCCCCAAUGCAUCAGAGGCGCCCUUUAACCUGGUGCCUCACGUGGACAACAUCGAGACAGCUAACAGCUUCGCCGUCACCAACGCCUUCUGCUCGCAGUACUCCAGGGGCGUAUUUGCCAUUUUUGGCCUGUACGACAAGCGCUCAGUACACACACUGACGUCCUUCUGCGGGGCGCUGCACAUCUCUCUCAUCACACCCAGUUUCCCCAUAGAGGGCGAGAGUCAGUUUGUGCUGCAGUUGAGGCCGUCCAUACGAGGAGCUCUGCUUAGCAUCCUCGACCACUACGACUGGAACCGCUUCGUCUUCCUAUAUGACACGGAUCGGGGAUACUCCAUUCUCCAGGCUAUUAUGGAGAAAGCAGGUCAGAAUGGCUGGCAGGUCAGCGCCAUCUGCGUGGAGAACUUCAAUGACGCGAACUACCGGCAGCUCUUGGAAGACUUGGACCGCAGGCAGGAGAAAACAUUCGUUAUAGACCUGGAGCCAGAGCGACUCACCAACAUGCUGGAGCAGAUUGUGAGCGUUGGCAAGCAUGUCAAAGGCUACCAUUACAUCAUGGCAAAUUUGGGUUUUAAGGACAUCAAUCUGGAGCGUUUCAUGCAUGGUGGGGCAAAUGUGACAGGCUUUCAGCUGGUGGACUUCAGCAAUCCCAUGGUGAUUAAACUCCUGCAGCGCUGGAACAAACUGGACCAGAGAGAGUACCCUGGCUCAGACGUCCCUCCCAAGUACACCUCCGCUCUGACAUACGACGGAGUGAUGGUGAUGGCAGAAGCCUUCAGGAACCUGCGCAGGCAGAAAGUGGACAUCUCGCGCAGGGGCAAUGCAGGAGACUGCCUGGCAAACCCGGCAGCUCCCUGGAACCAAGGCAUCGACAUGGAGCGCACGCUCAAACAGGUCCGGCUCCAAGGAUUAACAGGAAAUGUCCAAUUUGACCACUACGGGCGCCGAGUCAACUACACUAUGGACGUGUUCGAGCUGAAAAGCAACGGCCCCAGACGAAUUGGCUACUGGAAUGACGCUGACAAGUUGGUCCUCAUCCAGGACCAAGCCUUACUUCCGAACGAAACAUCUGGAAUGGAGAACAGGACUGUGAUCGUGACGACUAUUAUGGAAGGCCCAUAUGUGAUGCUGAAGAAAAACUGGGAGAUGUACGAGGGUAAUGACAGGUAUGAAGGAUACUGUGUGGAUCUGGCGUCUGAGAUCGCCAAGCAUAUUGGCAUCAAAUACAAGAUCUCUAUCGUGCCGGACGGAAAGUACGGAGCUCGGGACCCAGACACGAAGAUCUGGAAUGGCAUGGUUGGGGAGCUGGUGUACGGGAAAGCGGAAAUCGCUGUGGCCCCAUUGACUAUUACGUUGGUCCGGGAGGAGGUCAUUGACUUCUCUAAGCCCUUCAUGAGCUUAGGCAUCUCCAUCAUGAUCAAAAAACCACAGAAGUCCAAACCUGGGGUUUUCUCCUUUCUGGACCCACUGGCCUACGAGAUCUGGAUGUGCAUCGUGUUCGCCUAUAUUGGCGUGAGCGUGGUGCUCUUCCUGGUCAGCCGCUUCAGCCCGUAUGAGUGGCAUACCGAGGAGCCCGAAGAGGGCACCGACGGUCCGCCCAGUGACCAGCCCCCCAAUGAGUUCGGCAUCUUCAACAGUCUCUGGUUCUCCCUAGGAGCUUUCAUGCAGCAGGGGUGUGACAUCUCACCCAGGUCUCUGUCCGGUCGUAUUGUGGGAGGCGUAUGGUGGUUCUUCACCUUAAUCAUCAUCUCUUCCUACACGGCCAACUUGGCUGCUUUCCUUACUGUAGAGAGAAUGGUGUCCCCCAUCGAGAGUGCCGAAGACCUGGCCAAGCAAACUGACAUAGCAUACGGUACUCUAGACUCAGGUUCCACCAAAGAGUUUUUCAGGAGGUCAAAAAUCGCUGUAUAUGAGAAAAUGUGGAGCUACAUGAAGUCAGCUGAGCCCACAGUGUUCACCAAGACCACAGCAGAGGGCGUGGGUCGGGUGAGGAAGUCCAAGGGGAAGUAUGCAUUCCUGCUGGAAUCCACAAUGAACGAGUACACUGAGCAGCGCAAGCCCUGCGACACCAUGAAGGUCGGAGGGAACCUGGACUCCAAAGGCUACGGAGUGGCUACGCCCAAGGGCUCACAGUUAAGAACUCCCGUAAACCUUGCCGUUUUGAAACUGAGUGAAUCAGGCAUCUUAGACAAGCUGAAAAACAAAUGGUGGUACGAUAAGGGCGAGUGUGGACCCAAGGACUCGGGAAGUAAGGACAAGAGCUCGCAGGCCCUGAGCCUCAGUAACGUGGCUGGGGUCUUCUACAUCCUGGUCGGGGGUCUGGGCCUGGCCAUGCUGGUUGCCCUCAUCGAGUUCUGCUACAAGUCACGAAAUGAGGCCAAGAGAAUGAAGCUGACCUUCACCGAAGCCAUGCGGAACAAGGCUCGGCUGUCGAUCACAGGCAGUGUGGGCGAGAACGGCCGUGUCCUGACCCCUGACUGCCCCAAGGCCGUGCACGCCGGCCCCUCCCUGCGUCAGAGCUCCGGGCUGGCUCUGGUCUCAUCCGACCUGCCGUGAAGACCAAAAACAUUCAAGUGCCUUAAAAAUCCCACUGACCCACAAAUCGAACCAACGCAAAAACAGCUCCGCUCACGAUCAGAGGAAUAAAUGGCCCACUUCAGUCACUCCAUACACUGAAAAUACGGAAAAAGGACUCAAAACUCCACUGUGUGGCCGUGAUGAGAUGUUUUCAGCCCAGCUGCUGAGAGACCUGUAUAAAGAACUUGCGUUCAAGCCGAGUAAAGAGGACCAGAGGACCAGAAAACUGUCAUUCAGAAACACACCCAGAACUUUCGGGGCAAAACUAAAGCAGAGACAUAAAUAUCAAUGAUAUAUUGAUAACUAAUAUGGGUUGUGCAGGAGGAUUUCAACUGUAAUGUGAAAAAUAAUCAUUCAAACAGUAUUAAUGAUAAAUACGUACUAAAAAACUGUGAAAAGCUCACGUAUAUUCUAAGAUCAUAACUAAAAAGAUUAUUUACACUGCUUUCUCUGUAAAUAGAACUAAAGACUGUACACACUCGCUUGCUUUUUAAACAUGUGUAAAUAGCCAGUUCUAUCGUGGACAAAAGUAUAAUUCUCUUUUUUUAAUUUCAUCUAGUUAGAAAAAUGCAAUAAAUGAUAGAAAAUUGUAAAGAAAUAUAAAAAAAACAGAUUUAUUUAUAUAGACAUACAGUAUAAAAAAAUCUAUAAACUGAAUUCAGUGGGCAUGUUAUCAACAUCAAGUACGUCCUCAAGCUGACACUCGGGGAAAGGCAGUUUUAUGGUAUAACUUAACCUGAACGCCCAUCCCCGAAGCCAUGCCCUGCUUACUCACUGUGCUGUUGUAGACCAUGGACCUUUACCGUAUAUUUAGAAGAAAAAAAGAAAUAAAAAUUUAUGUCAGGUUUGAAAUUUCCGUAUUUGCCUCAGAGCAACCAUGUGCUUAUGAAUCAGACAAGAUUAUGAGUUGGUGAACCCUUUUCAGAAAGUAAAAUAGGUAGAAAAGAUAUUGAAGACACUGUAUAGUCGAGAGCCGUGGUCAAGCCCAGCUUUGACCUUUUUGUUUUACAAAAACACUGUGUAACCUCAACCAGGCCUCGGGCAUGUUCUCCUCCAGAACCUGUAGCGGAGGAGAUGCCAUCAAGUGAAUAUGUCCAUGCUGGAUUUCCCUGGACAUUCGGACAUAAAGGACGUCCUCUAUGCUUCAGGGCACCUAAACGGGACACUAAAUGCUCAACUAAUUUCUGCUGAAGCUGGAAUAUUACCUUAGAAAGUGCAAUUUCAGGUCUCCUAAUCAUAAGCAACCACACCUACUGUAUACUUCAUCUCGAACUAGUUCUUUCUCUAAGUCUCUCAGUCUCAUCUUCUGUCUUGCACCCUCUAUCUUCCUCUCCCUCUCUUAUCUUCUCUCUUGCACUCAGACAGACUCCUAAAUCUAUUUAAUCUAUUUAAAAUAUUACAGUUGAAAUUAAAGUGUCACUUUCAAUUAAGUAUCAAAAGGGUUUUUAUGAUUGUAACUAUUUUUACAAAUUACAAUCCAUUGCCUAUACUUAAUAAAUUCACACACAAUUGUUGCAAAAAUAUUCAACAAAAGUACAUUUCAGUUUGGGUGUAUUCAUGGGUGAAAGGUUUUCACCUUUUUUUGAACUACUGAACUGUAGAGUUGUGUUUUUAAAUAAAUUGCACCCAAUUAGGCAAAAAGCAGUUUCCUUUCAGAUGUAGUAGGCUAGACGUUCCAGUAAAAAAAAAAAAAAAAAAAAAAAGCUACCUACUAAUGCAAGCUACCUGUACACGUGUGCACACACAUAUAUCCAUGCACACAGAAAAAAUGAGAUACAGCUAAACAGUGAAAAUUGUGUUACACUGAUCUUUGGUCUGUAGCUCUGUAAAGUUAAAACCAAUUUAGUGUUCUCCAUCAUCAAUUGUAAAUAUUUAUUUUGAUCAGUUUUUUUAGUAAAAAUACUAAUGCCAAAAAUUGUCCCUGAGUCUUUAUUAGAAAAAUCGGAUGAAUUCAGAUUUCUGUAAAUGAAGAUUGUGAACAACUUAGUCUGAAAUGUUUCU